AUGCCACUCCUGAUUUACUAUAACCAAGACGGGCACAAGUGGUUCAGAAGAAACGUUAAAUCUGGAAACACCUGGAGCGAGGUUGGUAAAAAUCAUAAAGAGAUUCCUAAAAAUAGUGAUAAAGAUGGUAAUAUGCGGAAACUCCUCCAGCUAACUGGAUAUCAUCCUCAAAUUACUCCAGAUUUAUCUAAGCCGUAUGGAAAAUCAUACUCUGGUGGAGAGACUGGUGUGACAAUUACUGUGAGAAAUGCUCCACUUGGUAAUGGCUAUUGGAAAUAUAAACAUUCUUUGAGAGGUGGACUCUUCGAGCUAAAAGAGGUUAAACAUACUGAACAAGUUCCUCUUACCUAUAGAACGUAUGAUGGAAAAUUGGAGAGUAUUACAGCCUUUUACUAUGGAACUACUCCUACAGAGCGGCCUAAUCUUCUCCUGGUUGAACUUGUUAUAAGAAGGGGGUGGAACUACAAAAGAAUACCAAUACUUUCACAGAGAAACAAAGGACGCCAAGGAUUGGAAAGAAUAUUCUAUACCUGA